GUCAAAUCAUAAUGAGUGUGGCAACGCCAAGCGGGUAGCCAUCUUUCUUUCUUUCCCCAACUUCACGACCGCGUGGACGUCAAUACGUAAAAGGGAACCACAGCCAACAAAAUGACCAACUCAAAGGGUUAUCGUCGCGGCACCAGGGACAUGUUCUCUCGCCCAUUCCGUAAGCAUGGUGUCAUUCCCCUGUCCACAUACAUGCGCGUAUUCAAGAACGGCGACAUUGUUGACAUCAAGGGACACGGUGCUGUGCAGAAGGGUAUGCCCUACAAGGCAUACCACGGCAAAACUGGCCGCAUCUUCAAUGUCACACAACAUGCCGUUGGUGUCAUUGUAAACAAACGUGUGCGCGGCAAGGUUCUAGCCAAGCGCAUCAACGUGCGCAUCGAGCAUGUGCAUCACUCCAAGUGCCGUGAGGAUUUCCUGCGCCGUGUUAAGGAGAACGAACGUCUGCUCAAGGAUGCCAAGGAGAAGGGUAAAUGGGUUACCCUAAAACGUCAGCCCGAGCAGCCAAAGAAGGCGCAUUUCGUCAAGAAAUUGGAAGAGCCCAUCGCCCUGGCGCCAAUUCCAUAUGAAUUCGUUGCCUAAGCUUAAAGAGGAAAGAUGAGUUUGUUUACGAUUUGUAACUGUGUAGAUUGGUCGAUUCUAAACUAAGUUUCAAAUAGAAUUGAUUUUCUAUAUGAUUGCUGUAAACAAUCA